AUGCACACAAGCAGUAUACCCGAGUUGCCAUUACCACGAAACGGUCUGUUCCGUGUGUCCACUGACAACGAGCUCGAGACAACGCCAGUGGAUGGCGCUGAAGCAGAUCGUGUUCUGGAGGCGAUACAAAAGAGUGGAAUGCAACCGUUAAUGUACUAUUUCCCGGCCGGACGUUCAGCCAUCUAUCGAUCGUUGAACUCUGCACCGCUCAGCAAAUAUUUCAACGAGGAGUAG